CGUACUAAAUCGAUUGUCUGCAAAAUGGCGAGAACACAGAAGAUGCGGCGGCUUGGUGGAUGGUUCAGGUCGAGGGUAAGCAAGUUGAUGACCAUUUGCUUCAGUGGAGUUGCACUGUUCUCUGCCGGACAGGCUGUUGCAGAGAAACUCCGUGAAGGAAUUCUGAAUCGGCGGUUAGAAGAGGGAGGAACUCUAACCAUGAGUGAGCCACAAUUUGACAAUGGUGUCGCAACUUGUUCGUUGUCGGCAGCAGCAGCGACUUCGGAUGUCCAAUCUGCAGCUGCUGCGUUGACGUUGUCUAAAGACAUGCUCAGCGUCGAACUACAAUGUUCUGGUGCUAAAAACAUUGCGGUGCCAAAAGAUUUGACAAAUGUCUGUAAGCCAAAGGACGCCGCUACCACUACCAAGCAUAGAACUGCAGAGAAGUGCAAGUUCGGGAAAUCCGCGCAGUCGCCUGAAGGAGAUGAAAUCGCGCUCCAUACACUUCUUGGGGCUGGAGAACGUGUGAAGUGGAUACAGAAGACACAAGCAAAGACUGGCGACGACGGCCAAACAUGGUCGCUUACCUUAACUGAGGAGGAUCUCCCUUUGAAAGACACGCCCUUCUUCGUCGGCUGUCAAAGUGAGGACAGUGUCGCGAAAUCUGCCAGUAAUGACUCGUGCAAAGUGCCUGUACACGUGGAAGCGAGGCCGUCUGCUGUAGCAGAUAACGUUGCCACCUGCGCUUACGGCCAGAAGAGCAAUGGGCAGGCACUGGAGGUCGAGGUCACAGCAGAAAAAAACUUUGUGACAGUCGAGUGUGGCAGUGUCGGCGCUCCGAUGACUGGAAUCACCACAGCGGAGUACUGCGCACCUGAAGAAGCAAAUUUGGAUACUUGCACGGCGAAAAAGUACAUCGAUGUUCUGCCAAUGUUUGAGGAGAGUUGGGUGAAGCAGAACGAUGCAAAAUCAUCUCUCACUCUGACAAUCCCGGAAAACGGAUUUCCAGCGGAGGACCAGAAGCUCCGACUACUGUGUGUUCCUAAGAAAACUGCGGAAAACCCGAGUCGCAGUAACGCUGCUGACAAAACGUUCGGUGAAGCAACAACGAACUGCAAUGUCUUUGUGACAGUCAAAGCAGCGAACUCCGCGACAUCUGCAACAUCCACUCUGCAAGUCAUGGCUGCUGCCUCCGGUGCAGUCGCUGUGACAGGAAUUAUCGUUAGUUCCCUCUAGAUGGAGUCGGUGUGCCGGGGUUCUGGGCCGAUUUUUGACUUUCCAUUUGCCAGAUGCUGCUGCCUACUGGAGUGACUUUGAAGCGAUAGUUCUUCCUGGAUUUCCUUCGCCAAAAAUAACUCGUUAGUGUUAUGUGUGAUGGUGUGUCAAAGCCCGUAUGUGGCACAUGUGCGGACACGACUUCCGCUUACGUGGAAAUGUUUUCCAAGCGAUUU